AGCCUUUGCCAUUCAGGGCCCGAGUCUUCUCAAGAGAAACAUGGAGUUGGUGCUGUGUCCGUGAGGGAUUCUCAAUCGGUUGCUGCAGAGAAUGAGAACAAGACGCAGAAAGGAUUCAAUUCCCUGACACUUGAUGGAUUGAUCCAGCAAUGCGGCAGAUCCAAUGUCCAGGAGUUUGCUAGACUCUGAUGCUGGGGUUUCUCAAUGUGGAUGAGCUGAGAAUGCGGUCACAUCUAGAGGAGAGAAAGCCAGAAGCACAUCAUUUGCAGGGAAAGCUUCGUCCAGGACACUGGCAACUCGCAAUGUCUCGGAUGCAUCAAGCGGAGGAGUUCUCCCUGCCACGACUCACCUCGGCCCUUCGUCUCUCCAAGUCGUGGAUGUGGUCCUUGCAGCGACUGGCUGAGCUUCGUGAAAUUCGCGAAAGGCCAGAUGCUAUCAGUUGGUCAGCCGCAUCAAGCACACUUGACAGAGACCGUUGGCAACAUGCUGUCCAUAUUCUGGAUGAGUUGAGAUGGUCAACGCUGCAAAUGGAUACAGUGUGCUUUACCCCGAAGGCGAUAGCUUGGCCGUUGUCCGGGCUGUGUUUGGGCGAGAUAAGGCAUCAUUUGCUGCGGGCUGAUGUGGUGACCUUGAAUGCUGCAGCAAAGGGUAGCGGCUGGGAGAAAACGCUGGCUGCCGUGCAGAGAAUUCGAGUUUCUGGUGUGGUGCCAGAUGCGUGGACCAGGACUAUUGCCAAUACAGACUGCAUUUGGCCAGUAGCUUUGGAACUUACCUGGCAUGGCAGCUGUGAUCAGAUCACACUUGGUGCUUGCCUCGCGGUUCUAGCCAAAGGCCAUCAGUGGCAUCUAGCGUUGGAUCUUCUGCUCCAGUUCGAUGUAUGGUCGCUGCAACCCGAUGAGGUGAGCUUCAACCUGGCAAUCCUCGCCUGCGAGAAGGCGUCAGAGUGGCAAAGGGCUGUGGGCCUUUGCGGUGUGAUGGUCAUGGCACAGGUGACGCCAAGCGCUAUCACCUACAGCUCAGUGGUUAAGUCAUUGACAACCAAUUUCCAGUGGCGUGGAGCUCUCAAUGUGUUCGAUGUGAUGAAGGACUCUGAGGUCAGAGUUGACGCCAUUUGCUACAACAGUGCUAUGGCUAUGAGUGAUCCGCCGCACAGGGUCGGCAUCUCUUGGUCACACACCCUUAGCAUGCUUGCUCGUUUGAAAGUCGAGAACCUUUCCAGAACUGAGCUUGGCCACUGCUCAGCUAUUUCAGCUUGCAAUGCCAACUGGGCAUUGGCAUUGGAGCUCUUCGGAAGUGAAAUGCCUUCCGCAGGCUUCAACAACGCCAUUGCCAUUUGCACGAGCACCGAACAUUGGCCGCUUGCUGUUCAGCUGCUGGAUGAGAUGCUGCCUAAGCAGGUUCUGCCCAACACCAUCAGCUUCAGUGCUGCCAUCAGUGCAAAAGGCCUACCAUGGCAAAAGGCUGUGCUGAUGAGAAGAUCACAGAGGAUUAGCUGCUUUCAGUCUGAUGCAGCGUUGACUACGGCUUACGCGCGCAGCCUUCAAUGGCAGAUGGCAUUGAAUGAUCAAAGGCAGGUCAAGUCCUUAAGCCGAGUAGUUAGUUCCUGCCGCCGCAAUCCAGGCCUGGUCAUGUUUGGACGCAACACAUAACAUACAUAAUAGUAUAUAGAUCGGUCACGGUUCAAGACAAUGCAAGCCGAACUAUUUAAGUAACUAAGGCUGCAUCCAAAGUCCUCGAAGUGUUUUGUGUCGCUUCAAUCCUCACCCACCCCUCAGGGCUGGAGCUGAUGAGAGCUACCAG